AAUAUAUUUCGAAAAAUUUUCAAUAAGAUAUAAUUUGUCACUUAAUCUAAUUUGUUUUCAUCUUGUGAAAAGAUAAAAGCACAAAGAAGUUUAUUUAUUGUUUGUGUGAUACUUGGACUUAAGUUAGAAUCAUGUGAGAUGAGCAAUCAAAACGGAUGGAUAAGAUUGAGAAACAUCAAGAAGAGAUAAGGGAACUGUUAGCAAAGCUAAUGGAGAUAAUGAUUGCCAGUAAAAGGGAAAGGUCUUUCGAAAAAUCAUCAGGUUCGUAGAGAUAGAGCCAAUUGCCAGUGCAAGAGCAAACUAUGUCAAUUUUGAGGGCAAAUCUCUUUGACCUAAUUCUUAUUUUUGAAUUGGAUGACCUUGGAAAGCAAGGAAAAUUGAAAGUAGACUCAUUUGAGCCAGGGAAAGAAUUGAGAAUGCAACAAAAGCAUGACUUUUUGGAUGAAUGCCUUAAAGCCAUUAAAGGGAUGGACAUCUAUGGUUCUAUUGAUGCAAUAGACUUAUGUUUGGUACCUGAUGUGAUUAUCCCACCUAUGUUUAGAGUACCAGAUUUUGAGAAAUAUGAUAGAACCAAAUGCUUGAAGGCCUAUAUCGCUAUGUAUUGUCAAAAUAUGGUUGCACAUGCACAUGAUAAGAAACUCUUGAUUUAUUAUUUCCAAAACACUCUAACCAAGUCUGUAGCUAGAUGGUAUGUUCAAUUGAAUGGGAAUCACAUUAGUUCUUGGAAAGAUCUUGUGAGAGCAUUCAUAGUCCAAUACAAACAUAUCACAGACUUGGCCUCGGAUAGGCUUUUUUUGCAGAACAUGGAAAAGAGAGACACUGAGAGUUUUAAGGAAUAUGCUCAAAGAUGGAGAGAUGUUGUUGCACAGGUUCAAUAAACUUUUACUGAAAAAGAAGCAACAGUGUUGUUUAUCGAGUACUUUACAGCCAUCAUAA